UAAUUUAUUGGUGCUUGGAUUUUUCUUGACGUUGCAGUUUAUAAAUAAAUAAGUAUAAAUUUGGCCGCGGUAUAAAUUUUCGUGAAUUUGAAAAUAGUUUUUAAAACGGUCCAAACUGUUCUACAUAAAACAUGAAUAUGUGGAAAUCCGUUUGUAUAACCAUUCUAACCUUCACAUUGUCAUCUGGAAAAAUAUUGAAUGAGACAGAUGGCAUGCUAGACGCAAUGACUAUUGGUCCAGUGAGACAUCUCUUACAAAAAAAUGCGACAUUUGAACCAAUUGAAGUACCAUCUCUUUCCAUGAUGAGAGAAUUUAAGAUAGAAUCGGAAAAUGACCACAAAUAUAAAUUGAGCGGAAAUGAAGAUGCGAAAGAAAGAGGUAUCGACACACCCGAUGGUAACCUGACUGCAAUAUUUGGACCACAUCUUAUUACAAAAAUGGAAUCAGUUUUGAUACAUGAACAAGGGUUUAUUUAUGGAGACAUUGUGUAUCGUGCGCUAGAAUACGCCACAGAAUAUUUCUCAUUCACAACAAGUCACCAAACAUCGGCAUUCACGACUACAACUGAAAUGGGUCCAACAAGUAUGCUAACUGACACAACGGAAACUACAACUGACAAAGGUACAACAAGUAUAUUGACAGACACAGAGGAAAUAACAACAACACCAGGAAGCACAGUAACAUCAACAACGCAUCUGAAUAAGCGACGAAAGAAGCGAAGUAUAAACAAGAUAUUGUCAGAAACAGACAGAGAACAAAUAGACCAGUUCAUCUCAAACCUCCCAGACGCUAGCCUCUUAGAUCUUCCAUGUCCCUUCACUACUACAGUAUGCAAUGAAACUGCAAAGUACCGGACUAUUGAUGGAUCCUGCAAUAAUCUGGAACAUCCGUAUUGGGGGAAAUCAUUUACUCCAUUUGAUAGAUUUUUAAAAGCAGAGUAUCAGGAUGCAUCACAAUCACCUAGAAUAUUUAGCAAAGUAAGCGGAACAGCAUUAGAGGGUCCACGUGAGAUCAGUAACUUUGUUCACACCACAAGUACACUUGCCGAUAUUGAUCCAGCCAUUAGCUCCUAUAUGAUGACAUUUGGACAGUUCCUUGAUCAUGAUAUAACAAAAACAGCUUUAGCCAAAGGAGCCUAUCCUUUUAAUUUAGACUGCUGUAAUCCUAGUAGACCAAUCAAUUCAGAUUGCUUUCCAUUCACUAUACCUGGUAACGACCCUUACCAUCGGGAUUUACUAGGAACUAAUAGUAGGAGAUGCAUGAAUUUUGUUAGAUCUGUAGCGGCUUGUGACAUUGGUUGUAAUUUAGGUUAUCGGGAGCAGAUUAAUGAACUUACACAUUACAUUGAUGGUUCUAGUGUUUAUGGUUCUACUGUUGAAGAAUUGGAUGCAUUGAAAGACCCUACUGAUAAUGGAAUGAUGUUGGUUUCGACUGAUGAUAGACUGCCUCUUGAUGACUCAGAUACUCUUAGUUGUACAUCGGAUGCAGAUAAGACAUGUUUUAGAGCAGGUGAUGUGAGGGCCAAUACACAACCCGCCCUCAGUUCCCUACACACUAUUUGGAUCAGAGAACACAAUCGAAUUGCCCAGCAUUUCAAAAAUAGUCCCGAAUGUUAUAACUGGACUGGACAACAAAUUUUCCAGGAAACUAGACGCUACGUUGCGGCUGAAAUUCAACAUAUUACCUAUAAUGAGUUUUUACCCAAACUAUUAAGCAUAGAAAUCCGUGAACAAUUUGGUUUGGUACCAUUAUUGGAUGGACAUUUCAUUGACUAUGACCCAAGUGUGCGGCCAAUGAUCAGGAAUUCAUUUUCAUCGGCAGCAUACAGAAUGGGACAUAGUUUAAUAAAGGAUAAGUUUGACUUUCCCAGCAGCUCUUUUGAUCUUCACGUGCAUUUGAACAAACCUGAUUUAUUAUACGAACCGAGUGGUAUAGAACGUUGUACACGAGGAAUGUAUGAAACCAAAGCACAAACCAUAGACGAGAAGAUGACGAGAGAAAUCACUUGGAAACUGUUUGAAACUAUGGCAGGAAAUGGCGGAGAUUUGGCAGCUUUCAACAUUCAGCGAGGUCGAGAUCAUGGACUUCCGUCAUAUACAACGUGGCUACAUUGGUGCACAAAUAAAACAGUUCAAAAUGAGAAUUUUAACGCUGGUGUAGAAGGGGGUCUUAUUUAUCACAGUGCGGCAGCCGCGGCAAAGCUGGGCAGAGCUUAUACGUACACUUGUGAUAUAGAAUUGUUUCCUGGAGGUAUAUCAGAAGAACCUUUACCAGGCAGCAGAUUAGGACCAACAUUUACAUGUAUUCUAGCUUUACAGUUCAGAGCCCUAAAAUAUGGCGAUAGAUUCUUCUAUGAGGGAAAUACUCCCCUAAAUCCACAUCCAUUUACACAACAAGAACUUGGAGGUUUCCGUCCAAUAUCAAUGGCAAAGAUAAUAUGUGAAAAUACAAAUAUUGAACAGAUACCACGAGAUGUAUUUUUAGAACCUUCAGAAAGUAAUCCUUUAGUGAAUUGCUCGGAUCUUCCAGAUAUCUGUUUCCCUAAGAAUGGUGGAUGGAGCGAUUGGAAGGACAGCUGUUGUAGUAACUGUUGUACCAGACAACAAUACCGAUCAUGUGAUAAUCCGUCACCCAAUGAAUGCGGGAAACCAUGUGAAGGAUACGACUUUAGAUACAAAAACGCGUGUCAUUAUGGCGGCGGACAUGGGGGAUGUUGUCACUACGGUGGUGGUCAUCACGAUGGCCAUUAGAGUUUUCAUCAUGUAAACAGCAGAAACAGAUUAACUUUUAAAAAAUGUAUAGUAAAGUUAAACAGUUGGCCAUUUGUUAAUUUUAAUCACUAUAAUUUUUAUAAUUUCGAUUAGUAAUGCUUAAACGUCACAGUUUGUGGACGUGAAGCUUUGAAAGUAUGCAAGUAUGCUUAAGCCAUUAUGGUACCUUCAUUACCAAUUGUAUCUGUUCUGUUUACUUUUCAAUCGUUAAGUCAAGAACGUAACUGACAAACUCUAUUUUAGGAACACGUGUUGUUUGCAAGGAAAUGUCGUUUGGAAAUUUUAUUCCCCGAGGGAAUCACAAGCCCCGAAGUCAGCUCUACUGUGUUGACAUGAAAUAUCGAUGAUAUGGUCAUAUUUAUAAAUUUGUAAAAUAAGUUUACAAAACUGAACAGCAUUUAAAUACUUAGGCUUUUCUACCACAGGAAUAGAUUACCUUACAUGUAUUAAGCAAAACAUUAAACAUAUUUUGGUCCUCAUUGCUCUUAAUUUCGUACUUUAUUUGGCCUUUUCAACUUCUUUUUGUUCGAGCGUCACUGAUGUCUUUUUUAGACGAAACCCGCGUCAUGCAAACAUACAAUAUUUCAAUCCUAGUAUUUAUGAUGAGUAUAUUUUCUUGUUAGCUUUAUUUGAUAAAGUAUUGUGACUUGACCGGUUUUUUUGAAACAGACAGAAAGAUAUGACAGAAACCCUAAAAAAAAAAGUUUAACUAUGAAUAGUAACUUUUUGAGUGAAAAGAUGUUCCGUUGCUGGAUUUAAAGAAUGAUACUUAAUUAAUUUGAGUAAUUACGUCAGUCUUAAUGUUUCAGAAUUUGUUAUAAGUCAAAUUGUUUUUAAAGAAUUAACCUUAUCCAAUAGUGCUAAAUAUACUUGUAACAUGUGUUGUGUCAAAAGAGGGACGAAAGAUACCAGAGGGACAU